AUCAAACACGGCCUUAGGUAAUAAACUAACGAAACUGCCUUGCUGUCGCUGAAUCAAAUCUCAGGCACAGUGAUAGUAAACGCAAUUUGAACUUUCUUCGUCCAACGCGGCGAUGCUUCUUCGAGCCCAGCCUCUCUGGCUUCUUCUCAUCGCGGCUGUUUUGUUAUUCCCGGCACGGAUCAGCUCGCACCACGAAUCCGGGCCGUGGCACUGCGACUCGGACGCUGGGAUCCGAAUCCGGUCCCAAUUCCGGCCGGGCGUCAUCACCGUCGACGGGAAGGUGGACGAUUGGAGAGGCGUUUCCGGGUCGGAUUUCGCACUAUUGCCCGCUCUCGACCCCGAUGCUGACAAGGAAUACAAUGCUGGCAGAUUGACUCUCAAGGCAGUGCAUGACGGGAACGAAGCGUAUUUUAUGUUGCAAAUUGAUGGGAAUUAUGCCUACACUCAAGGUGACGAUACUAGAUGUGCAUCCGUUGCUCUAAUGUUUCAAAUUGGUGAAAAUGCAACCUACCAUAGAAUGGGUGGCUGUGAGGAAGAACCAACUACUUGUACGAACAAGACUUGCCGAGGGCAUGAAGUUGAUAUUAUGCACUUCUCACUUGGAACUGCUAUUCCUGGAAGACUAUAUGGCGGAAAUCCAGUCGACAACAAACAAGGAUAUGGAGGUGACAGGUUCGGUCAUUUGAUCGAUCUUUAUGGCUGGAACCCGCAUUGUAGAUAUCUUGAUGGCCUUGGCCCUUCAGAAAAUGACACCUCAGCACAGAAUGACUGGCAAGGAUCAUGGUGGCACAGUAGCUUGACCGACCAUUCGGGCUUUAUAAACGAGGACAGCCCAUAUGCAUCAGUAGGCCAAAAAGGAACAUACUAUUUUGAAUUUUCAAGACCUCUGAGAACUAAGGAUCAUCUUCAGCAGGAUGCUCAGUUCACCAUUGGUAGAUCAAGCAAGGUAUCGGCUGCAUUCUGGUACCCGGAGGAAGGCAAACCAUGGCAUGGGUCUGCUCAUUACUCGGUUAGCUGUGAUUGGAUUCUUCUUGAUUUCGUAUCAGCAGACAGUUCUGAGCUCACCAGCGCUUCUCAAGGCAGCUCGUGGGACUUUGCCACGCCCUUCUCUCUCUUCUUCUCUGUCGUGGCCCUCUGCCUCUCCAUCAUUGUAGGGCAUCGACUUUCUACAACCACCAGAACAGCCAACUUCAUCCCAAUGGAAAAUCUUUAGGUUAAGCGACAAAUCAUGGGUACUUUUUAUUUUUUUUAUGCACACACAUGUUAGAUCAUAGUACAAUUUACUAGUGGUAGUCAUUCUAUUUUUUUUAAGGCUGUUGUUUGUUUGUUUGUCUGUCCCCUAAACGAAAUUCAUGGAUGGCAAAUUUUGUACUUUGUAGUAAUACAUAUGUAGACCUUCCAACUUA